UGCGCUUCUCAACUUCUUUACAGUAGUUUUCUUUUUCAUUUAAACAUAUAUGCGUCCUCAGCCAUCACCGCGAAUUGAACAUGCAUGUGUCUAUCAGAAGAGCGCAGAGAGUAGCGUUAAAUGAAUGCAGUGCAUGCGAUCUGCCCGACGCGUUUCCCGCAUGGCCGAGAUAUUGACGCGUCACGCUGCGUGUUCUAUUAAAUGCAACAAUGUGAUUUAAUUCUCAUUGUCGAACCCCAACCUGUCUCCACGCGCUCGCGAAUGGUCUUAAGGUGAAAUUACGUCAUUCUAGGUGGAAACAAAGACGAGUUGAGCUCUCUGAGCUCCAUCAGAUGGAGAGAGCAGCUCCCUCGCCAAACUCUCCCUGCAAUCCGGAUAGGAUACAGAUGAAGAGAAGCCAUUCCAUAGCAUUCCCAAUGGUCAGGAGGACGCGGGGAUAUAUGAUGCUGAAGAUGUGCCGUGCAACUGCAAAGAAAUGCCUGUGGAUUAAUAAUGCACUUCUGAGUUAAAACAUUCCUGGCCAGUUUUUUUCCCCCCCACAGUCGACCCAGAGGACAGCAGAUGGGACCGUUGAAUAGACUGGGGGGACCAAAUAAACAGUGGGGCACAAAUCCAUAGGCUGUCCUGUCUUCACAAAAUCAAGAAUAAAAACAGCAAUGGAUGCCAUGCCAGAGUAUUCCCUCUUUCUUGUGAGGAUUUUGGAGGAAUUGGAUACCAAAUACAGUACCGUUUCUUACCAAGACCUUUGUAAGUCCUUGUGUGCCAGGUUUGACUUGGUCCAUUUGGCUAAGCUGAGGAGUUUGCUAUUCUACACAGCAUGUUUGGAUCCAGCAUUCCCCGCAACAUUAUUCAAAGACAAAAUGAGGUGCUCGGUAGAGGACCAACAGUCCAAGAAGCUCAUGGUAGCCGCGGACAUUGUCACCAUGUUCAAUCUCAUCCAGAUGAAUGGAGGAAUGGCCAAGGACAAGCUGCCAAUGGGUUCCAGACCCAGGUUUCACAAGAACCAAUCAUUUGAGUCCUGUCGAUCUGACUCGGAUGUGUAUAAAUUCAACGACAAUGACAGGGCGUACAACCUCUUGGACACCAGGGGUCAUCACAUUUCACGUAAAUCACCCUGCCCGAAGUCUGACUGCAACAACUGCCAGCAGUUCAUACCAACCUCAGACCCCAACUUCCUCUUGGGAGUCAACAAGGAUCUGAAAUGUAGGGCAGCAUCUCUGGAUAAACUACAGCAUCUGCCACAGUACGCCAGCGUCAGUCCUCCUCCGUGCGAGAUGCAGAGCACUUACUUCCCCAUGGACAUCGACAGCGAGUCUACAACGGACCAGGAAUCUCUUCAUAUCAACCCAGGGAUCAAGGAUACAUUCGUGUCCAGCAGAGAGCCUUUUACCGUGCACUCAUGCGUGCAAAAGCGGAAUAUCUUCAAAGAGGAUUUCCACAACCUUGUUGCCUUUUCACCCCACGUGAUCACCAAGGAGUCCAGAUCGAAUUCCAAAGCUGGUGGUGAUUACCACCACAGGAGGGAGCUGAACAAGCCUCCCACUUUCUUCAAUCACAGUUUUGAGCUGCCAUACAGCAACCCUUACUUUGAAGCGGUCAGCGCACCCAUCCAGAACAAAGGGCGGGUGAAGCAUGAGAGCCUGGACGACUUGCAAGCAUCCACCUACUUUGGACCUACAACAGUUUCUGAAUGCGUGAGCAGUAGGAGGACUUCUAGCAAGCAUGGCAAACAGCCAGCCUGGCCUGUCAAGAGCUUGAGCCUCAAUACCGAAGAAGUCCCUGACUUUGAGAGGUCCUUUUUGAACGGCAAAGUGGCAAAGGACAAUCAUCGCCAUAACAUGGAAAAUGACCAACACUUUCAGUGUACAAAAGACAAGCCCACUGCCUCUCCCUCAGGUUUCUCCAAGAAGUCAAAUGGAACCAAAACAAAAGACAUGGCUUCUGUGGCUUGCGGACCGAGUGUUGAGAAAAGAGAGUAUGGGAAAAGGUACAAGGACAAGAGCAUCAUCUGCCCAUCGUUUCAGUCGAGCAAUGCAGACAAUGGCAUGAGUGUUGGGACCCAGACCGAACAAUCCCAUCCUAGGAAAGUGAAAGAUUACCCCGGUCACAACAAAUAUGGAGAGAGGCCGCCAUUUAAACAUUCAGAUGAAGACUCCGAGAUUGUCAGUGACGAUAUCAGCGAUAUCUUUCGCUUCCUGGAUGACAUGAGCGUGUGCGACUCUCUUGGAGUUGUGCAGUCCUCGUGCUACAACAGCAACGGCUCACUGUCUCAGGUGACGAAAUCAGACGGGGAUAGCUCACCUGAACGCAACACUGUCAAGCUGGGCAAAACCAGCAUCAAACUAGACCGUCUCUUCCAGUCGUUGGAGAACUCUGAUGAUGAGCUCAAAGACAGCGUCUGCAAACUGGUACUCAGGAUUGGUGAGAUUGAGAAGAAGCUUGAGUCUCUUUCAGGGGUGCGAGGGGAGAUAUCUCAGGUCCUCUCAAAGCUUACUAAGCUGGAUGAGAAGAUUCAAGAACCAGAGGCCAAUGGGAAAUCAAGUGACAAUGGUAUGGUGGAGCAGAUUAAGACUGAUGCGAACCUCUCACCUCACGUUUUUCAGUGUCACACCACUGGGCACAACAUGAAGGUGGAAAAAAGUCCAGAAUGGUGCUGCCCGGAGGAUGAUGGGAGCGAAAGCAUGAGGGUAAAAGCUUUAAAGAAAAGUGUAUUCACACACAGGUCGUCCAGGUCGCAAACUGAGGAGAACAGUGUCACUGAGUCCAAAGUGGCCAGCAUCACCAACUCACCUCGAGACUGGAGGACUGUGUCUUACUCCAGUCACACAGGGGAUGAAGGGAAAGAAAGAGACCGGCAUUGUGAAGGCAAGGACAGACAUAGGAAACCAAGAGAGACAGAUCGACAGUAUGACGCCCACCAGGCCCACCGCUCCUCAAAGCCGCCCAAGGACUCCUACCUGGUGGAGCAGGUGUUCAGCCCACACCACUUCCCUCCCGCGGUCAAGUCUCACGUGAAGGGCAGUCCUCUCUAUACGGACCUACGCCUGACCGGCCUCGCCGAUGCCAAACGUUCUCAGCCCUCCUGGACCAUUGAAGAGUACAAACGCAACUCAGGAGACAAGAACAAGCUCAGCGCCUUGGACCUGCAGGUCCAGGAUUCACUCAACCCCAACAAUCUGGAGUACUGGAUGGAGGACAUCUACACGCCAGGCUACGACUCGCUGCUUAAGCGCAAGGAGGCGGAGUUUCGCAGGGCAAAGGCGUGUAAAAUUGGCGCACUGAUCGCUGCGGCCGCCUGCACUGUGAUACUGGUCAUUGUAGUGCCCAUUUGCACCAUGAAGUCUUGAGGUUUUUAUCUGUUUUUCUGUCAGAUGGUGUUUGUAUCACUGUAUUCUUUACUGGUGUUGCACAGACGCUAGGACAAACGUGGGACUUCAUUUGUGGAGGUCUGUAAUAUUAUGUCUGAUUUCAGCCACCGGCCUUAGACUUUCAUGGAAUGUCAAUCGAAAUAUAUCACAACAAAGAAUUAAGGAUUGCAAUUUGACGUUUGUCUUUUUUAUUUACAGUAGUUAAUAUUUAUAACUUGAAUAAAUUAUUUGUUAUGCAGUA